AUGCAGGAAGAAAUUGAUGCUUUGCAUACUAACAAGACAUGGAUUUUGGUGCCCAAAUCUCCUGGUAUAAAUUUGGUUCGCUCAAAAUGGGUGUUCAAGACAAAGUUAAAAGCUGAUGGGAUAGUAGAUAUAUACAAGGCCAGACUUGUCGCAAGGGGAUUCUCGCAGCUUGAAGGGAUAGAUUUUGAAGAAACAUUUAGUCCUGUGGAGUUUGCUAUGAAAGAUCUUGGCCCUUUACAAUUCUUUCUAGGAGUUGAGGUGAAGUAUUUCAAAGGGGGAAUUCACUUGAAUCAAAGCAAGUAUGCUGCUGAGUUGUUGGCCAAGACAGAGAUGACUUUGUCCAAGGCGAUAGCCACUCCUUUGGCUCAGAAGCAUGGUUUGCAUGAAGCUGUGGGAAGUCUUGUAGAUGCCUCCUUGUACAAAAUGAUAGUAGGGAGCCUUCAGUAUUUGACCCUCACAAGGCCUGAUAUCACUCAUCCUGUGAAAUUAGCAAGCCAGUUUAUGCAAAGCCCAAACACUGAACAUCUUCAAGGGGUAAAAAGGAUUCUCAGGUACAUCAAAAGUACUCUACACUUUGGACUCAGAAUUAUUUCACAGUCUCCAUGUAGGUUGUAUGGCUACUCAGAUGCUGAUUGGGGUGGUUGUACCACCACUAGAAGAUCAACUACAUGUUAUAGCAUCUACCUAGGUGUAAAUUGUAUCUCUUGGACCUCCAAGAAACAGACUACAGUAGCCCGAUCGAGUGUUGAAGCUGAGUAUAGACCACUAGCCUCCACUGCUGCAGAAAUGACUUGGAUUUUAUAUCUUCUUCAUGACCCUAGAGUGUUCCUUCGAUCUGUUCCUACGCUGUAUUGUGAUAACAUGAGUGCCUUGUACAUGAUGGUUAAUCCAGUUAUGCAUGCUCUAACCAAACAUGUUGAAAUGGACUAUCAUUGUGUUCAUGAGAAAGUGGCUAGGGGACAACUUCUUACUCAGUUUGUGACGUCUAAGGAUCAGCUAGCUGAUAUUCAUACCAAAGCCUUAACAAAAUAG